AUGAGUCAAUAUGGGGGAACACUGCUAGUCGCCAUUGCACAAGACGGAAACUCGAACAUCCUACCCGUGGCAUUUGCACUAGUUGAGGGUGAGAAUGCUGAGUCAUGGUCUUUCUUUCUUUCCCACCUCCGUGAGCACGUGACACCUCAGCCGGGUCUGUUAGUUAUUUCAGAUAGGCACAACGGCAUAAAGGCAGCCCUCGAGGCUCCGGAUGGGGGAUGGCUACCGCCUGCUGCGUACCGGGCUUUCUGCAUUCGACACAUUGCAGCGAAUUUUGCCUUGACUUUCAAGGGAAAAGAUGCCCGGAGGCUUCUUGUUAACGCCGCAUAUGCCAAGACCGAGGUGGAGUUCGACUACUGGUUUGACAUUCUGCGCUCUGAGAAUCCGGCAAUGUGUGACUGGGCGAACCGAAUCGAGUAUUCGUUGUGGACACAGCACUGUGAUGAGGAUCGGAGAUUCGGGCACAUGACGACCAAUAUUUCGGAGUGUGUCAACUCAAUCCUGAAGGGGGUUAGAAACCUCCCUGUAUGCUCCCUGGUGAAGGCCACAUACGGAAGGCUUGCUGAGCUAUUUGUCCGUAAGGGGAGGGAGGCCGAGGCUCAGAUGGGUACUGGACAACAAUUCAGUCAAUACCUAGUAAAGUGUAUCGAGGCCAACCUGAGAACAGCCCGGCAUUUCACGGUUACUCUUUACGACAGAGACAACUCGGAGUACACUGUUGCUGAGACGACUCCGACAGGCUCAUUCUCUCUUGGUACGUACAGGGUCUCAUUAGGGUCUAAGACCUGUGAUUGUGGAUACUUCCAAGCACUUCAUUUUCCCUGUCCGCAUGCACUGGCAUGCUGUGCUUAUUCACGGCUUACAUGGCAGCCUUACGUGCACGAGGUAUACCAGCUUAGCUCCGUUUUCGGCGUCUAUCAGAUGGUAUUUGCCCCUCCCAUACCGGAGGGUUUCUGGCCACCUUAUGCCGGGCCUACAGUUAUACCGGAUCCGAGUAUGAGGCGUGCGAGGGAGGGUCGUCCUAGAUCCACAAGAAUUCGAACCAACAUGGAUGAAGCAGAUCCGAACCGGCCAAAGAGAUGUGGCCUCUGCAGGCAGCCAGGUCACACCAAGCGUAGUUGUCCACAAGCCGCAGGCCCAAGCGGGACUGCUAGAAAUCAGUAG